AUGACGCUGGAGGACUUUGAAAAGUCGCUUGCAGAGGAACGAGAAAGACGGCACUCAAAGAGCGACAGAGAGAGACGUCGAGAUCGCAGCAGCGACCGCUCUAGACACCAUCGCCACCAUCAUAGUAACCGUCGGCAUUCUUCCAGAUCGAGAGAACGAGGAAGUCAUCGCAGCCACCACGAGUCAAGACACAGCGAUGAAAAUGGACACAGACAUAAGCGAUCGCGCCGCCACUCUCUGGAUCACGAUGAUCCGGGCCAAACUCAUAAGCGCCAGCACAGACGUGCAAGCAAGGACAAUGAAGAUGAAUUGAACGCCCCAGCACCCCGAGAGAUAGUCCAGGAGGAACCAAAACGUCUAAAGCGAGAUGCGUGGAUGGAGGGUCCGUCUGCGUUAGACAUUGACUACGUUCAUAAGCGUGAUACGACGCGCUUGGAAGAGGAACCGAAGGCGAAAAUGCUCCAAGCUGAUUAUGAGCUCAAGAUUCAUCAAAGGGAGCUCAAUGAGCAUCUACAUGAUCUGAAGGAGGGAGCAGCUAUCGAGGAUCUCAAGGAUGAGCCGGCGAGUCAUGAGGUGGAUUAUACUUUUGGAGACGCUGGCUCUCAGUGGAGAAUGACGAAACUCAGAGCCGUCUACAGAGAGGCGGAGGAAAGUGGGAGACCCGUGGAGGAUAUUGCUAUUGAGCGUUUUGGGGACCUUCGCUCAUUUGAUGAUGCGCGAGAAGAAGAAGUGGAACUAGAUCGCCGUGAAAGAUACGGCGAGGACUAUGUCGGCAAGAUUAAACCAUCCGGGGAGCUAUUUCAGGAGAGAAAACUCAAGGAAGACAUCCAUCGGGAUCCACACGAGCACCUAAAGGAUCCGGCAAGUGAGCUUCAGAGUACUGGCCAGGGACGACCUAUGGACGCUGUGCCUCCCGAGCAUACGACCUCGCAUCUUGACUUGUCAGCCCUGAACAAGCUCAAGGCGCAGAUGAUGAAAGCGAAACUGAAAGGCUCAACUGACGCAGCAGAGCUUGAAGAGCGCUACAAUGCGCUUGCCGCAGCGAUGUCCAAUCGCAAAGAGAGCGACGUGGUCGUGCUAGGCGUUAUGGAAAACCGCAUGCUGGCUGGAGAGAGGAAAGAGGUCAAGCCAGUCGAGAACCGGAGAGGCCGGGAAAGAGGUCGUGUGGAGGAGAAUGAGGACAUGAGUAUUGAGGAUAUGGUCCGGGAGGAACGCAGGACUCGUGGCCAGGCCGGUGGUGCUGGUGGACGGCUCGCCGAGAGGAUCGCGAGGGAUGCCAAAUUUGAGAAUGACCUCGAAUACAUGGAUGAUAAUGCCGCCAAACUGGCUAAGCGGGUACACAGAUCAGAGAUCGAUAUUAAGAAUGCCACCAUCAAUGAAUUCCAGAAGAUGAAUCGGAUCCUGGAUAACUGCCCACUCUGUCACCACGAGGACACAAAUACGCCCCCCGUCGCGCCCGUCGUCUCCCUAGCUACUCGAACAUACCUAACCCUCCCUACUGAACCCGAACUCAGUGAAGGAUCCGCUACUAUUACCCCGAUUCAACACCGAAACAAUCUCCUCGAAUGUGACGAUGAUGAAUGGGAAGAGAUCCGCAACUUCAUGAAGAGUCUGACGCGGAUGUACCACGACCAGGGGCGAGAUGUCAUUUUCUACGAGAAUGCGGCCCAGCCUCGUCGCAAGAGGCACGCAACGAUGGAAGCUGUGCCAUUACCAUAUAGCCUAGGCGAGACAUCGCCUGCGUUCUUCCGCGAAGCCAUCCUGGCAGCCGAUGCCCGAUGGACACAACACCGACAGAUCAUCGAUACUGCGGCCAAGGCGAAGCAGGGAUUAGGGAAAUUGGCCUUUCGCCGCACGCUGGUCAAGGAGAUGCCCUACUUCCACGUCUGGUUUGACCUGGAUGGCGGCAUGGGGCACAUCGUCGAGGACGACCAUCACUGGCCGCGGGGAGAUCUCUUUGCGCGGGAAGUCAUCGGCGGCAUGCUGGAUCUGGAGCCGGAUGUUAUCAAGCGACAAGGGCGUUGGCACAGAGGCCGGGAUAAGAGAGUUGACGGGUUCAGAAGCCGAUGGAGGAAAUUUGACUGGACCCGGGUGUUGGUGGAGGGAUAG